UUUCAUCCAUCAUUCAUAUACUCAUCACUCAGUAAUUCUGAGUUAAUUUCUGGGUUCGUAAUAAAUUCAGUGAAAAUUAUUUAAUUCCUUUUUAUUAAUUUAAAUGUAUUCCCCCCUAAGUCACGGCAUCGGAAAAAAGCAAAAACACAGCUGUGUUUAAGUAUAUAUUUUCAUAAAACAUUUAAUUUGAAUCAAUGCACUAUAAAGUUACCUACUUUUGACAGCAUCUGAAUAAAAACAUAAACCAAAUUCAAACACUUUCUGUCUCUUUAAUCCUCUAAUCUAGUCUCUACUUUUAAUGUUUUUGACUUUUUUCUAUCUAUACCAUGUGAUUUUUGAUUCGAUUUUUGGUUAUUUCUGGGGACAAGGCGUUAGCUGUAAUUCAAUUUUUUAUUAGCUUUGGCUAUUAAAGGCGGCACAAGCGUAUGCGUUUGUGUCCUUUCCUCUCAACUGGGGACAGAUCUUGUUCUUGAUUACAGAUUCAAGAACUAAGAGAUUGUUUUCAGAACUUCGAUUCUGGUCUUAAUCUGGUGAGUUCAUGGGGAUGAGUCUCGAUUUCGAUGUUGAUCUUGAGAAAGGAAUCGUUGAUUGCGACAAUGUUUAUACGAAGUCUCCGGAGAAGCCACUGUUACCGAUGUCUCCAGAUAAUAAACCGGUAAAAACCGGAGACGAAACUGUCGGUUUGUUAGAAACUGAUGUAAGUCCGGUUCAAUGUGCGAUCAGUAAACCGGGAUGGGGGAAGGAGAAACGCAAGAAAUCGGCGUCGAAGCCUCCUCGACCGCCGCGUGGACCGUCGCUGGACGCAGCGGAUAUGAAACUGAUAAGGGAGAUCGCUGAACUGGCGAUGCUGAAACGCGCGAGGGUCGAGCGUUUGAGAGCUUUGAAGAAAUCGAGAGCGGCCAAAACUGAGUCUGCUGCUUCUUCUCUAGGCAAUGUCUUGGCCUCGAUUCUCACCGCUAUUUUCUUCUUCGUCCUCGUUAUCCAAGGAUUUUCGCCAAGAGCAGCCGAUAGCUCCAGCACCGGGAAAGCCAAUGGUGGUUUUGUGUCGGUUCAGUAUGCGGGAAACCCGUCCGCGAGUGAACCGGGUGGAAGUUAUACCGGUCCGGUUUUAGCAAGGAGAUUACCAAAUUUACUAAAACCGGUUUCCGGUUUGGAGAAUGGAAAGAAGAUGAAUAGAGUUUCACAAUGAAGCGUAAACCAAAUGAAUAGACCUGGACAGGUUCAUCACUGGUUGAUCAAACCAUUUAUCGGUUUACAUUGUCGGUGAACCGUACACUCGUACCGAUAAAGUUUUUGGGCAAAAGCGGCUGCUUUCUCUGCGGCUAUGAAACAAUAACUAUAGUUUUGUAAUAUUCUUCUUGAAGUAAAAAUAAGAGAAGUUACAAAUAAUAAA